AUGAUGGAUAGCAAGGUUCAUGAUUUUGAGCGUAUUAGCAUCAGCCCUGUAGCUGCUCGUGAUAGCAUUGAACAAGGUCGCGCUGAAACUGAAAGCCAAUUAUCGGUGCAAGUGGAUCUUGAUGACUUGUCAGCAUCAUCAUCAUCAUCAUCAUCAUCAUCAUCAGUAGCACCAUUGCUGCUUGUCUCACCACCUCCGCUUGAUGAUAAAACAAAACAUGAGAUCAUGACGCAAUGUUUGGCAGCGUUGCAUGGUCCAGAGGCCCAGCCUCGUUCACCCGAACAAGCGGCAGGCAUUCUUCAUUCUCUUUUUGGCAACGAGGAUGUAUUCAUUGUCAUGCCCACAGUUGUCAUUGUACCACUUUUGGCUUUUUUGCAUGAUUUGAAACGUCGUGCUCUUGAACACCACAUCCAAUACCUAGUAUGGAAAGGUGAACGUGUAGAUGAAGGUAUGAUGGAUGUGGAUAUCAUCUUUGUGCAGCUUGAGAAAUGUCAACAUCCCAACUUUAAGAAUUCCUUUGAAUCGUUAGCUCCUCAUGUUGGUCGUAUUGUCUAUGACGAAGCUCAUAUGCACAUUACAGAAUAUCGUUAUCUUCGUAAGGCUAUCGAUGCAGCACUUGCUUUGCGUAUGCCAGGAGUUCCUGUAUUCUGUAUGCGUGCAACGUUACCUAUGCCAUUGAUACAAAAAACGUUUAAAUCUAAGCUGUGGAUUACAUACUAUUGCUUCGAAGACGGAAUAAUAGAAGGUGGUCCGGUUAUCGGUCAUGCAAGAAGUACAUGGCUUUUGUGA